CGGGCGGUCAAGGAGAAGACGAAGCCACGGCGUUUAAUCUCGUCCUACUUACAUACGUUUGUUUUCCGGUGCCUUCUAUCUCCAUAAUGCGGUUCUUAUCAGUUCCUUUCCUGAGUCCUGAUUCAGAAGAACUCUCGACCAGAUCACUUAUUAAUUUGCAGCUUUCGGAGACAGAAAUGCCAAUCAUAGGAUCACCUAGCUUGUCAAUUUUCUAUCCUGUGAUGCUGGACAGACAUAGCCAAGGCCUCGAGGGUCGAAACCUUAACAACACCUUAUAAGCUGGCACACAAACGAUACUGUUUUUUUCUUCGCCUUCCGGCUCUGCCCCCGUUCAUAUGCUUCUCGCUGCGACGUCUGUCCUGAGUCUAUUGGGAACUGCUUUGGGUCUUGAUAUCUGUCCUCGCAUCGCCAGCAAGGUUUCGUCCGCGACAGACGUUUACUAUCCUGGAUCGUCAUCAUACGUAGCGGACAAUGCGCACUAUGCAAUCUCAAGCUCACAGGAAUCAUUGUGCAGUGUGGAGCCUGGGUCAGCUGAGGACCUCGGUAUCAUUUUAUGUAUUUUAGGAGAGACAAAUACGGCCUUCGGGGUCAAAGGUGGUGGACACGCCACGAACCAAGGCUUCUCAUCUACGAAGGGCGUUCAGAUCUCCAUGACACGGUUCAAUGAAGUCACGUACGACUCCACGACGCAGACGGCAGUGAUUGGUGCCGGUAAUAUUUGGGACGACGUCUACAAGAUAUUGAACGCUCAAAAUGUUAACAUUCUUGGGGGAAGAGUAUCCGGGAUCGGUGUGGCUGGCUUUACUCUUGGCGGUGGAUAUUCAUGGCACACCAACCAGUAUGGCCUAGCUAUUGAUAAUGUGGUCGCCUACGAGCUAGUGCUACCGAAUGGCACCCUCUCUACUGUAACCGAAGGUAGUGACCAGGACCUAUUCUUUUCAUUAAAGGGAGGCUGUAAUAAUUUUGGAAUUGUCACUCGGUUCACCUUGAAGGCAUUUCCACAAAGCGCCGUCUGGGGAGGAAGCGCUAUGUAUAGCAUGGAUGAUUUAUCUGCGUUUACGGCUGCAUCUGCAAAAUUCUCCUCAGAAGUCCGCGAUCCCAAAGCAGUGAUGAUUAUGAUGUACGGGUAUUCUGGCUCUACCAGUCAGCUAUCCCUGUCCGUUCUGAUGUUCUACGAUGGCCCGACUCCUCCGAGUGGUAUCUUCGAUGACUUCCUUGCGCUGCCACCUUUGUCUCAGGACAUCAAGUCUCGCUCGUUUCACGACCUUAUUAUCUCUUUUAAUCUUUCGGCUGGUUAUGAUAGAGUUGUAUCUAAUGACAUCCCCGUGCUUGAAUACUCAGAAUCGACAAUCAAAGGUCUCAUCAACGAGCUAAACAACUCGGCCUCCAUCCUAUUCACACAUGGAGCCUCCGAUAUCUCGUUUUCUAUUGAGCCUUUCCUUCCUACCAUCCUUACUCAUGCUCCCGCAAACUCCUCCGCUUACCCAGGCUCGCGAGAGCGCGCUAUCUUUCCUACUAACCUCGGCUUUCAGUGGCUAGGGGAGAGCCAAGAUAGUGUAUUUCACGCUGCUGCGAGGGAGAUUACGGAAAAGCUCGGCGUACCGGGCGCACCGAGGUACCCGAAUUACGCCAUCGAUGGUACUCCAGUGAAAGAUAUGUACGGUGAGGAGGGAUUGAGGAGGAUGGAGGCUACGAGGAAAAGGGUGGAUCCUAGAGGUAUUAUGUGGUUGACGGGGGGAUUCAAGAUAUAA